AUGAAACUAGCAAAAUUAAACGACCAAAAGAAGAGUAGAAGAGAAAGAGGAGAAAACGUAACUCUCUCAUUGUAUGGUCCGAAACCACUGGCUAAUUCUCCUCCUACUCUCACCACUCCUCCUCCCAGGAUUAUCACCUCCUCCGCCGCUACUAUGCGACUUGGCGCCGGAGCUAACUCUCUCCCCACCCACCGCCCCGCCGCCGCCACUCCCUUCACUCUCUGCAAUGCCAAUUUUUCUUCGUUCCCGAGUCGUCCUCAUAGACUGCUCUUGAAUUGGACAAAUGUUUCAGAGUUCCGGCAACAAGCUGCUCCCCGGUUUAACUUGCACGCCAGAACCUCCCCCAGCCGCCGGUGUUGUGACUCGUCGUUUCGAGUCCUGGCUUCCGCUACAGCUUCCGCUCCCGUUGAGCAACAGCCUUCAACUUCUGCAGAUGAGAGAGUUGAGAAUGUAGUGAUCAUUGGGUCAGGUCCUGCUGGAUAUACAGCAGCCAUUUAUGCUGCACGAGCGAAUCUAAAGCCUGUUGUGUUUGAGGGGUAUCAAGUAGGUGGUGUUCCAGGUGGGCAAUUGAUGACUACCACAGAGGUAGAGAACUUUCCUGGGUUUCCAGAUGGAAUAACUGGACCAGACUUAAUGGACAGGAUGCGGAAGCAAGCUGAGCGUUGGGGGUCUGAACUGUACCAAGAAGAUGUAGAGUUAGUUGAUGUUCAGAAUCGACCUUUCACUGUGAAAAGUAGUGAACGUCAGGUUAAAUGCCAUAGUCUCAUUGUGGCUACAGGAGCUACGGCAAAAAGGCUGAGGCUACCCCGUGAAGAUGAAUUUUGGAGUAGAGGAAUUAGUGCUUGUGCAAUUUGUGAUGGAGCAUCCCCGUUGUUCAAAGGUCAAGUUCUUGCUGUGGUCGGAGGAGGUGAUACAGCAACCGAGGAAGCAUUGUACUUAACUAAAUAUGCUCGCCAUGUCCAUUUACUUGUUCGUAGGGACCAACUAAGAGCAUCAAAAGCAAUGCAAGAUAGAGUUUUCAACAAUCCAAACGUGACCGUGCACUUCAAUACCGAAACAGUGGAUGUCGUCAGCAAUAACAAAGGUCAGAUGUCUGGGAUUCUAAUCAGAAAAGUCGACACUAAUGAGGAAUCUGUACUUGAAGCAAAGGGCUUAUUUUAUGGGAUUGGUCAUUCUCCAAAUAGCAAGUUGUUGGAAGGGCAAAUUGAUCUUGAUUAUUCGGGGUACAUUCUGGUGGAGGAUGGUUCUGCUAAAACAUCAGUAGAAGGUGUAUUUGCAGCUGGGGAUGUACAGGAUCAUGAAUGGAGACAAGCUAUAACUGCUGCUGGAUCUGGAUGUAUUGCUGCCCUAUCUGUGGAAAGAUAUCUUACAAGCAAAAAUCUCGUGGUGGAAUUUCACCAGCCUAAGACUGAAGAGGCUAAAAAGGAGCCUACCGAUAGAGAUAUAGAUGAAGGUUUUGAUAUCACUCAUACGAAGCACAAGGGUCAGUAUGCUCUAAGGAAAUUGUAUCAUGAGAGCCCAAGAAUCGUAUGUGUUCUUUACACUGCACCAACAUGCGGUCCGUGCCGAACUUUGAAACCAAUGCUUAACAAGGUGAUUGAUGAAUUUAACGAGGAUGUCCACUUUGUCGAAAUUGACAUUGAGGAAGACCAAGAGAUAGCUGAGGCAGCUGGGAUCAUGGGCACACCAUGCGUUCAGUUUUUUAAGAACAAGAACUUACUAAAAAACAUACCAGGUGUCAAAAUGAAGAAAGAGUACCGAGAAAUCAUUGAAGCAAACAAAUGAGCCCCCUCGCUCGCCUUCGGAUUCCUCUUUAGUCCCAGAAUUCUCCCACACUGUAGCAUUCUUGAUGUAAUUAAACUAGCUGUGACCAAUUCAAUUUUGACAUUGAAAAAUCAAAGCAUUCAAAGUGUUUGGAAAUGGGGGAAGAAGAGGGGGACAGAUGUAGAUACUUUGUAAACAUGUAUACUACUUUCUUGUAAUUCUUCAUACAUCAGAAAUCUGAUGCCAUAUCUGAAAGAGAGCUUCUUUAGCGAG